AUGUCUGUUGAUCACUCUACCAAGCGUAACAUCCAGCUGCCCGACUCUCCUGAUGAGUGUUUCGGCGUUGGCAUCAAGGUCAUACAGAAUGCCUACAUGUCGAAGAUGCAGUCCUUGGAGCACGAUGUCCGUGCACAGCGAUUGAGUCUUGAUCAAGAGAAGGCUGCUCACAUGCAAACCAUGAAGAGGGCUAAUACUUUGGACGUGGAGCUGAUCGACUCGCGGGAACAGUGCAAGAAGUUGCAGGAGGAGAAUAGGAAUCUUAUUCAAAACCUGAGGGCCCAAAACCAGCAGUUGGAGCAGUUCGAGCGACUCAAGCAGACUCUAGUUGGCGGCUUGGACUCUUUCCAGAGUGAAUUUUCCAGGGUGAACGAUGGUGACACUAAUGGGUAUGCGGACACGAGGUUCCUCAGGAGAGAGAGCUUCCUUCAAGGUAUCGCCCCUAUGGCUGCCUCCGCGGCCCCGCCACCUAUGUGCACUACUCCGGUGGCUUCAGCGAGUGUGUACGGCAGCUUCAACAAUUCUAAUCAGCAUAAUGGCAGUCAGUUCGGUGGCCUCUCUAAUCCAGGAGCCUUCCCCAACACUAUGCCCUCAACCUCCAAUACCUCCCCUGUUAAUAACAGUACUUCAUCGAUAUCGGGUAUUGGCCUGCUGCAGCAGAAGACCCAAGAUAGUACUAUGAGGGAUGUGAGCGGAGAUAGUGCUGGAGGCCGUGCUAGUGCCGUCGAUGGUAAAAGCUUCUUCAAGAUGGCUAGGUCCAGAUUGUCUAAUGACACCUUCGAUAAGUUCUUGGCGAGCAUCAAGCGCCUCAAUGCCCAGGAGCAGAGCACUGAUGAGACUCUUGCUGAUGUGAAGAAGAUCUUUGACCAGGAGGGGGAAGGAUAUGAUGAUCUGUAUUCGGACUUCGCUGCUCUGCUACAUAGGCGUGAUUAAAGAUGGCAGACCAUGGUGAAUUAAUUAUAUCAUUAUUAUUCAUGACGGAACUAUGACUACGUCUCGACAGACAACAGCAC